UUGAAUGAAUGUCACAUUUGAAUGCAUUAUUUGGCUCUAAAGUCAACACUAAAUAUGUUUUUCAAUCAAUUGUUUGCAUUUCAUAACUGAUUGAACAAUGAUUUGAUUGUUUGUCACAAAACAAGUCAUCAAAGAACUGAUGAAAUGUUAAGAAGAUUGUGUCCGUCUCAGCUCAAGAAGAGAAAAAGUGAUGACAAUGAUGUCCGCACAGCAAGAAAACGGUCAUUCAAUGGCCGAUCAAAACCAUUGAGUCCAUCCAAAAGAGAUAAUAUUAACAUCACUUUCGGUAAAUCAGUUGGACUCACACCCGACCAACGGUUAGCUCACGAAGAGUACAUCCGAAAGAUAUUAAGCAAACCAUUUGUUAUACCAAUCAAUGGAUAUAAAGGUGGUUCUUACCGAUCACUUGGUGUACGUCUGAGUGGUGGUCGACAUCCACUACACGAUCCCGAAGCAGAAAACGCAUUAAUAUUAUACACUCCGCCGCCGAUGACUAAAGAAGAGAUGAUGAAAGUGAAACAAAACGAACGUUUGGUUCACGUAGUGAUGGAUCCGCUGUUAACGGAUGUGCUUCGACCGCAUCAGAGAGAAGGCGUUAAAUUUAUGUGGGACUGUGUGACGGGCGUACAAUUGCCCGGCAGUUAUGGCUGUAUUAUGGCCGACGAAAUGGGUUUAGGAAAAACUCUUCAAUGCGUUUCACUUGUGUUCACACUUCUGAAACAAAGUCCUGAAUGUAAGCCAACCAUUGAUAAGGUAGUGAUUGUGGCGCCGAGUAGUCUCGUCAAGAACUGGUAUAAUGAGUUUAACAAAUGGUUGGGCAAUAAACUAAAUGCAAUGGCCAUCGAUGGCGGAUCAAAGGCUGAGAUCGACCAGAAAUUGCAUUCAUUUAUUAAUACAAUUAAAGGGAGGCGUUGUGUGAAUCCAAUACUUAUCAUAUCCUAUGAAACAUUUCGAUUGCACGCAAAUGUUCUUCACUCAGGAGAGAUUGGACUCAUUAUUUGUGAUGAAGGACAUCGGCUCAAGAAUCAGGACAACCAAACAUACCACGCAUUGAACCAAAUUAAUGCCAAAAGACGAAUCCUAUUAUCGGGAACUCCUAUUCAAAAUGAUUUACUCGAAUACUUUAGUUUAGUUCAGUUUGUCAAUGAAGGCAUACUGGGAACGGCUCAAGAAUUUAAGAAAAAGUAUGAAAACCCAAUACUUAGAGGAAGAGAUGCUGUGGCCAUAGAUGCAGACAUAGCUAUUGCUAAAGAAAGGUUGGAUGAAUUGUUGUCUAUUGUCAACAAAUGUAUGAUUAGAAGGACUGCUUCAAUAUUGUCAAAGUAUUUGCCCGUAAAAUAUGAACAAAUAGUUUGCUGUGAAUUAACUCCACUUCAGAAAACUUUGUACUCAUAUUUCCUGAAAUCAAAAGCUGUUACUCGAGCUGUCAAUGGGUCCCAAAACCAGACUUCAUCUGCAAAAGGUGGAGGAAAUGCGUCUCUCAUUGCGAUAACAUUUUUGAAGAAACUUUGUAAUAGUCCUCAAUUAGCGUACGAUAUGUGCAAAAACCCGAAAAAUGAAUUGAAUUCAUUGUUAGAUUUAUUUCCUUCCGAUUUCGGAACAUUGAAUGGCAAACAAGUUAUGCCACAAUUGUCUGGAAAGAUGCGAGUAUUGGACACACUCUUAGCUUUCAUUAAAAGCCAAACGACAGACAAAGUUGUUUUAGUUUCCAAUUAUACACAAACUUUAGAUCUCUUUGAAAGACUUUGCAGAAGCCGUGGCUAUGGUUUUGUUCGUUUAGAUGGUUCCAUGUCUAUCAAGAAACGGGGAAAAGUAGUCGAAAACUUCAAUAACCCUCACAGUUCUGAAUUCAUAUUCAUGUUAAGCAGUAAAGCUGGUGGUUGUGGUCUUAACCUAAUCGGCGCGAAUCGCCUCGUUAUGUACGAUCCCGACUGGAAUCCAGCUAAUGAUGGACAAGCAAUGGCCCGCGUUUGGCGCGAUGGCCAACGCAAACAAUGUUUUAUUUAUAGAUUACUAUCGACGGGAACUAUUGAAGAAAAAAUAUUUCAAAGACAAACACAUAAGAAAGCGUUGAGCAGUUGUGUUGUCGAUAAUGAAGAGAAUGUCGAAAGACAUUUCACUCUUUCCGAACUCAAAGAGUUGUUCAGAUUAGAGGAAGGGAUCAAAAGUGAUACGCAUCGUAAGCUUAACUGUAAAAAUUGUAUGAAUGAUAUACCGAUUAAGAGUCCGCCGCCAGACGCUGACUGCAACCGCGAUCUCUCCGAUUGGUUCCACUCUCCCGACAAACGCAAUAUUGUGGACACAAUACUGAAGAAGGCAUGGGAUCAGGGAAUCACUUAUUGUUUUCAUCAGAAAUCUCACGAACAAAAAGGAAUACCUUGAAUACCAUUGCAAUUGAUUUGAUUUUUGGAUGACAUUACAGUAUAUUUUUUAAAAAUCAC